AUGGCAGGGCCUGCGGGCGGCAUGACAGUCAGAGAUGCAGGCCGCAGUGCCGCAGCGUUGCGAGAUCGUCGUUUGGACGGGCGUGCAUUCGUCAUGGGGGCCAGCGCAGACUAUCGAACGCCGGCCGUGCACUCGCACUCGCGGCUUUUGUCGACGUCGUCAGCCUGGCCGGGCUCUGGCACAUGGGCGCCGAGGGCCCAGACGACGCUAAUCCCGCGGGGGACUAAGGCCAGUCUCUCAGCCUUUGGGUGCUUUGGGUGCUUUGGGCCUGGGGCGCGGCGCGGUCGUUUUCGGAGGGCGACGGCCAUGGAUGGGCGGAGGCGGCGAAUCAGUGGCCAGCAAGGCCAGGGCGACAGGUGUCCUCGCUGCGGGCUGACGAGCAGCGCAGCGCAAGUCGACGGCGGCCACGGCAGAGUGCAGGCGGGCCCCUCGAGGCUGCUGCACUUGUCGCGUCGAGCCCCCGCUGCUGUGUGUCACCCUCGCCCUGCUGACGGCCCAGCUGAUUCGCCCUUGGCCACAGCCGACGGCCAGCCGCCAUGA